AUGGCGACGGUUCUGUCCGCCCUGGCUGCCAGGCUCUCCCAGUCAGCCGCGGCCAGGUCCUACGGGGUGUUCUGCAAGGGCCUGACUAGGACCCUGCUCAUCUUCUUCGACCUGGCCUGGAAGCUCCGCAUCAACUUCCCCUACCUCUACAUUGUCGCCUCCAUGAUGCUUAAUGUGCGGCUGCAGGUCCAUAUUGAGAUCCACUGACUUGUGACCUGGUGUGCUGCUUGCCCUGUGUGCUGCAACUAGAGUCAAUCACACUCUUCAAAUUCAGCCUGCCGUGAAACAGGAAAACUAUGCUUGUGUUCUCUAGGACUACGAAGAAAGCAGUAUGUGACUGUGGCCCAGAUCAUCACAAGGCAGCAGCUCACCUGACACACAUGCAUUCCGUGUUGAACAAUUCUCAAAAUCCUAGUAGCAGUUUACAAGAACUAUUUUAUUUUAACACCAGGAACUGUUCUCUCUUUAAUACUAUACCUCUGCCUUCUACUGGCAAGGAAAUGCCUCUGAGUUUGAGUGAAUCAGCAGGGAGGAACUCAAGUGCAGCUGCUCUGUGGAAGGAUUCAUUUCAUCUGCACUUUUCUUCUGAAUUGAAUUCCUGCUCUGAAUCCAACAGAAGGAAAG